CUUCGUCAUGGUUGCACUGCAAAUAAUCUGUGAGCAGAAAGAGCUCCUGGCGGGUUGUGGAGGUCUUCUUUAAGGACAGUGAAGUUGAUCUGAUGGCACAGGAUCAGCGUUCUGGCAAGAGGAGACGCAGGGGUCACUCCGGGCCUCCGUCCUCCAUGCCUGCUCCCCCAGGCUUCACUCCACUCAAGCAGGAUGAGCCCAUGAACCCUCUGCGUAUCUCUGUCGGAGGCCUCCCUAUGUUGGCGUCCAUGGCCAACCCCACUGACCCUCGUUUCCGCCUCAAAUGGAAGCCCAUCGUGACGGUGGCCUUCUUCAUGGCGCUGCUUCUGCUGCUCUUCAUGCACAUGACCUCGGGCUUGCGCUCCCGCUCCUACGACUCACACGGCUGGAGUGUCUCUCUCAGUGACACUCAGCAGCCUGAAUUCCGUUACAAUGACACCUACCCGCUCAGUUCCCCUGAGCGCACGCCGCAGGGCACCCGCUACCGCAUAGGAGUCAUUGCCGACCUGGACACAAGCUCCCGUAGUGACAAGAAGCUGACGUGGUUCAGCUACAUGCGGCGGGGUCAUCUGUUGGUGUCCCAUAAAGGUGACAAGGUGGCAGUGGAGUGGGAUGCGGACAGGGUGCUGCUGGAGAGCCACCUGUCGGAGAAGGGGAGGGGCAUGGAGCUGUCUGAGCUGGUGGUGUUCAACGGGAAGCUCUACAGCGUCGAUGACAGGACGGGCGUUGUCUACCACAUUGAUGGUAACAAGAUUGUGCCCUGGGUCAUCUUACCUGACGGCGACGGCAGCGUUGCCAAAGGGUUCAAAGCCGAGUGGCUGGCGGUGAAGGACAAACACCUGUACGUCGGCGGUCUGGGGAAAGAGUGGACCACCACCGCGGGCGAGUUCGUCAACAACAACCCAGAGUGGGUGAAAGUAGUGGGCUUCAGAGGCGACGUACAACAUGAGAACUGGGUUCCCGUGUACAAAUCUCUCAAGGUGGCUGCAAGGAUAGAGCCUCCAGGAUAUCUCAUCCAUGAGUCAGCAGUGUGGAGCGACACCUUGCAGCGCUUUUUCCUCCCUCGCCGUGCCAGCAAGGAGCGCUAUGAGGAGACGGCGGACGAGCGUCGGGGCUCAAACCUCGCCCUCAGCUGCUCGUCGGAUUUCAGGGACAUCAUUGUAAGUCAAGUGGGUCCGCUCAACCCCACGCACGGAUUCUCCUCCUUCAAGUUUGUCCCAGAUACAAACGACCAGAUCAUUUUGGCUCUCAAGUCAGAGGAGGACGCAGGAAAGAUUGCAACGUACAUCAUGGCCUUCACGAUUGACGGACGCAUCCUGUUACCUGAAACCAAGAUUGGGGAUGUGAAGUAUGAGGGUUUGGAGUUCAUAUAAACUGAGAGACUCGCUCUUGAGGACACUGCACUGUUCCAUUUUGUUUACAAUACAAGUCGCUGUUGAAGUUGCUGCACUCGCUGCUUCCUCAUUGAGACACAAAUCCAACCCUUAAAGAAUCGUCUUCAGUACAAGUAGAAGAACAACAGGCUGGGACUGUAAAAUAAGGGUCCUGUUUUGAGUUUUGAGAACAUGCCAGUCAACACAAACAAUGCCAGUAUGUCCGUGGAUCGUCUCCUUCCCAGGACAAAUGUGGCCCUCUACAGCACUGUAGCCUUUCUUAUGAUGAAUGUACAAACAAUUGAUUGAUUUAUCAGACUGUGAUUUAUUUGCCUAAAGCAUACAUAAUCAUGCACAUACUGUACACUCUCAAAAGUUGUUGUUUUUCCUCCUUUGGUUCAUGUUAAAUCAUUCUGUACAAAACAAACAUGUUAUUUUCAUUUAAAUAACAAAGUUUUAUUAAAUGGACAUUUUGGUGAAA